AAAAAGGGAGAAACAAGACUCGAAACAAAAGCGGUGGGCGUCCGUUGUUGGUUUCUCGGUCUUCUUCCACCUUGAUUUUCAAUUUCUCUCUCUUGACAAAUUUACUUGAAACCACCACUAAUAGGUUUAAUUGGUCUCUCUCUUUCUUUUAACGUAUGCUAUAUUAACAACCAGUUCAUACCAACACAAUUUCUCUCUGUUUCGCCUUUUGUGGCGGUCACCAUGGCCGCUCCGAUGAAAAUCGUCUUCGGUCUCCUCACAUUCGUCACUUUUGGGAUGAUUAUCGGCGCUUUAUUUCAGUUAGCAUUUAUACGAAGAUUGGAAGAUUCAUAUGGAACUGAAUUUCCACCAUUUAAAAGAGCACGUGGAAGUCUGAAUGAUGGUUUUCUUAGGUUGCCUGGAGGUGUUCCUCAUUGGGAUAACGACAAAGAAGCUGAAAUCUUACGUAUUGGAUAUGUCAAACCUGAAAUAAUUAGCUGGGCACCACGAAUCAUUGUACUGCAUAAUUUUUUGAGCAUGGAGGAAUGUGACUAUCUUAGAGCCAUAGCCCAGCCUCGCCUUCAGGUUUCCACUGUGGUUGAUGCAAAGACGGGGAAGGGAAUCAAAAGCAAUGUAAGAACAAGCUCUGGCAUGUUUCUAAGCCCUGAAGAGAGAAUGUAUCCAAUGGUACAGGCUAUUGAAAAAAGGAUUUCUGUCUAUUCUCAAGUGCCAAGUGAAAAUGGGGAGCUCAUUCAAGUUCUGAGGUAUGAAAAGAACCAGUUUUACAAGCCUCAUCAUGACUACUUCUCUGAUACUUUUAACCUGAAGCGUGGGGGUCAGCGAAUAGCGACAAUGCUUAUGUAUUUAAGUGACAAUGUGGAAGGGGGAGAGACCCUCUUCCCUGUGGUAAUCAUUUUUUUUUCAAGUCAAAUUAUGGUGUGGUUUCUCUGAGUUUUAAUAUGGUUUGAUACAUAGCUAAAUUUUGUUACUCGGAGUUUUCGAUUAUCACCUCCCCGCUUUGAGAACCAAUUUGAUCUUGAGUCCAUAAUCCAAGUAUUCGGAUGGUCUCUUUUCUCGGAAACAAAUCACAUGACUCUGUUAUCAGUCUUUCAUUUUUUGUGGGCAAAACAGAUGAUGUUGGGAGAGGACAAAGAUUGGAUACGCAAGUUCUAAGAUUGGUCUCUAGUUUUAUUCACACACUAAAACUGUGUAGACUUUCUUAUUAUGUUUGAAGCCGGAAAAAUUUUGUGGCUCAGCUGAAGGCUUUAGCCUUUAAGUAAUUUGAGAUGAAGUGGCAGAGAAAAGUAAGGCUGCAGGGAAAAAACCAGGGAAAAUAGACACGAUGAAUCCAAUUAAUAAACCCAGAAGGGUAACUGAUACAGAGGUGUGCUAAAACGGACUGUACAUGUACAUAGUUUACAACUAGUGAACAUUUCAAGUCCAUUGUGGAUUAUUAAUAAUGAAAAAUGGAACAUGAUGUCAUGCUUUUGAAAUUCUGUGGUAGGAUUUUAAAGUUAUUGUUAGAAAGUAGGCUAAUAUUUCUGCAGUGGCCAGUGAACGUGUGUAAUUACAGUUGAUACAUUACCUAAUUCAUUUGGUUUCCUAAAGUUUGUUUUCAUCAUCAUGGCACCAUCUCUUUUGGUUGGAUCUUAAGAUUUUGCAGUGACCUGAAAAUCAUGAAAUUGGCACGUAGUAAACGGAAGGCAGAAUUCUAUCAGUAACCGGACAUUAUUUUCUCAAUUUUCAAUGUUCUGAUUUGUUUUAUUGAACAGCAAAGAUAUAUAAUCACCAAAAUUUCAGCGUAGACAAAUGCAGUAUGUAUUGUGCAUGGCAACUUAGCAUUUCAUGUUCCAUUUAGUUUGGUCAAAAGUGAAUGGGGAAAUUUUGUCCUCUCUUGCCUUUUCCUUUCACUCAUUCUUCUUCUCCCGGUGAUGAAUCCAUAAGGUGUUGAGCAAAAAAAAGAUGCUCGUAAUGGGAUCACAGUGAUUUCCUUUUCACUACUUGGGUCACAGUGAUUUCCUUUUCACUCUUUUCUGUUCUUUUAGCUCCAAAUUAAUAUCUUAUUCUUUCUCUCGAUGCCUUGUGGUUUUUGACUGAAUGCAUUUGGAGCGGUCAAUUCCAAACUAGGAACAGAGGUUGAAAUAAAAGUGGCUUGAAAGUUUUUGUGAGGGGUGGGCAUAGAGGUAUUUUGAACAACUUUCUUACUCUCAUUAAAUAAUCCUUUGAAUGAAUUUGGAAUAUAGAAAGAAAGUAUCCAUUUAAAGACAAUAGGUGGUUUAUUACUUUGGUUACAAAAGUUAAUGAAACAUUAAGAAUUGACAAAAAAUUGAAAUUACUGUUUAUCUUGCCAUUUUCAGUUCUCUAUACACUACCCUAUCGAGGUUUCUAACUUCUGAUUAUUCUUGUAUAUAUAUUUUGGAAUGUAAGCAAUGAUAUUUGAUCUGGAUAAAUGGUUAGUAGGACUGUAGGAGCACUUGUAGCUUAUGGCCCAAGUAGCAAAUUUUCUAUGGCUUAGAAUGUAGUGGUCAUACCCUAUGCAAUAUCUUGGUACUGGGUUCGUUUUAGGUGUGAAUAGGGUCAGUUAAGUGUAGAACACAGGAUCAGUUUAGUAGUUAUUGUCUCCUUGACCACAUUUGUUGGGGGAAACUGGUUAUUUAUUGUGUUUGUGAGAAUCAUUUUGACAGCUACUAAUACCUUCUUUUUUUUUGCACUGUUGUCUAACCUUUUCAUUAGAUGGAUACGGGGUUUUCUGGUCUAGUUAAUUUACAUUUCUUUUUCCUUCUUUAUUCUUCCAGGGAUUGGAUGGGCGGUCAGAUCCAAGCAGCUUACAUGGAGGAUGUGAGGUUCUUUCGGGAGAGAAGUGGUCUGCAACGAAAUGGAUGAGGCAAAGAUACGCCUCCUGAUUUUUGCAAACUUGGAUGUUUUGAAGAUAAAAGAUAAACCGGGUACGCUUUCCUUGCGUGAGUUGCCCGAUAGGCGAUAUACCUCCAGAUUAAGAAGAUCAAAUAGCAUGUGAAUUCUUUAGCCGUAGGAGAAAUUUAGGUGAAAUUAUAAUGUUGGAAUCUAAAAUUUGAAAGGUACAGGACUUGGGGGAUUAGUGAUUAUCCAAUGCAAUGCUGUGUUCUUCAUAUAGUAAAUAAAGUGUUUUUGCUCAAUGAAAUGCAUGCAACUAUAUAUCCCAAGCUAAAAGUUUGCGCACCGGAAAUUACAUCUUGCAUAUUCCUGCCGUGCUUAACUUUACCAAUCAAUGAGGAUUUUCUGUUCUGAGAUUA